CCAGUUCCACCUGCAUUUGUCUUCUUAUUAUCGGCUCUCUUUUCCUCUGCACUUCCCGAUGGUGAAUGAGUUCAUGGUGUGCGUGGACAGGAUCAUCAUAGCGUCAUCAGCUACUUAUUGCUUCGCCGGAGAUUCAUCUCCGGCCAACGGCGCGGAGACCCUCUUGAGAAAUGCGGCCUCAGUCGGCAGCCCGCCGGCGGAAGUGGCCGUCAACGCUUCUGGUCAUGGGUUAUGCAGCGGUGGUGGGUUUGCAGGUGAAGGAUGCUCAAAGGGUGGUGGGGGUGCAGUGAGGGAGUGUAGGAUUUGCCAAGAGGAGGAUGAGGAGAAAGACAUGGAAGCUCCUUGUGCCUGUAAUGGAACUCUAAAGUUUGCUCAUAGGAAGUGUAUUCAGCGAUGGUGCAAUAAAAAAGGUGACAUCACUUGCGAAAUCUGUAAUCAGGUUUUCUCACCAAACUACUCUCUCCCACCAGCAAGAGGCAAUCCUGACAUUUUUGCCAUCGAUAUCGGCCAAGCUUGGGGUCCAGGAUUCGACAUUCAGGACCCACGUUUCUUGGCCUUUGCCACUGCUGAGCAUCAACUCCUCCAAUCUCAAUAUGAUGAUGACUAUGCCACCAUUGCUAGCAGCAGCAGCCUGGCAUGCUUACGCUUUGUUGCUAUAGUUUUGAUGGUACUCCUGUUACUACGGCAGAUGCUGAUCGUUGCAGCGGACUUUCAGAUGGUUAGAGAAUCACCAUCGUCUUUUAUAAAUUUCCAAAUAUCACUUCUGCAACUGGCUGGCUUUCUUCUCCCCUGUUACGUGAUGGUACGGUCGUGGUACGUUGUGCUUUGCCGAAGACGAAGGCAGGGUUACUAAAGUUGGUCCAAUCGAGGCGGGAAUCUUAGUGAUCUAUCAUUUUAUUGGAGGGCUCUAUAUAGAAUAUAGAGUUACAUAGAUGAACUCUGAAUCAAAUGUAAAUGUGAAAAAAAUGAGUUCAUCAUGGUAGUGUGACUACUUUGUUCUUGUUCAACAUAAAAUAAUGCUUGCAAUUGUUGGUCAAUGAAAUUCCUAGUUAUUAUUUUAGCCGGUUCACAAGAGUUAUUCGGGAAAGAUGUGAAUAAAGAAAUAUUAGGAAGUAUGUUACUAUGAAGUAGUUGCAUAUUUAUAAUUAAAAUAAAUGUUGCUUAUAAAAAUGUGAUCUCUCAAAUGUGGUGAUUAUUGUAAUAUCUAUAAUUAUAAUAACUUAUACGGAAUACGUAGUAAUUGAC